GAGUUGACUGCCAGCAAGCAAUUAGCAUGGCUGAGAAGUAUCAUAUCAGUACUGGACCAACAGGAAAUUAAGCACACUUUCAUUAGCCUUCUGCACAGCUUAAUUGGUUUGUGCUUCAGACUUUCAGCUUCAAGUCCACUCAACCCAGCAGAAACUUUGCAAUUGCUGAACUUCUAGGAUAUGGUUUCCUCCAUAAAUCCCAUUCCUACGAGCGUCAAGAAGCUAUGGGAAAGGUGGAACCUCCGGGGCUUUAUCCUCUUAAGCCUCACAUUGCAGACCAUUUUAAUUCUUGGUGCACCCUUCAGAAAGCGAGCACCCAACAUGGCAAUAAUCUUCACCAUCUGGUCAUCUUAUUUGCUGGCUGACUGGGCUGCUAACUUUGCAAUUGGGUUAAUCUCAAACAGCCAAGGCAAUGCUCGAGGUACAGGCGAUAACAAUGAGGAUCUUUUGGCAUUUUGGGCUCCAUUUCUCUUGUUACACCUUGGUGGUCCAGACACCAUUACUGCGUUUGCUCUUGAAGAUAACACGCUGUGGCUAAGGCAUUUUCUUGGCCUCAUAUUCCAAGUUAUAGCUGCCAUAUAUGUCUUCAUUCAAUCAUUUCCCACCAACAAGCUGUGGCCAUCAACAAUCCUCCUGUUUCUGGCAGGAACCAUCAAGUAUGCUGAGCGCACACGCGGUUUGUAUCUUGCAAGCUUGGACAAUUUCAAGGAAUCCAUGCUUAAAACACCUGACCCUGGACCCAAUUAUGCAAAGCUCAUGGAGGAGUACUCCUCAAAAAAAGAAGCCAAACUUCCAACUCAUAUAGAGUUGACAGCAGAACGCAGCAAAGAAUCCAGGACAGUAACUUAUGUUGCGGAAGCAGGUGAUAUGGAGAAUGAUAUUGCAAUGGUGCGACAUGCUUACCACUUCUAUAAAAUCUUCAGGGGUCUUAUUGUGGAUCUCAUUUUUAGCUUCCACGAACGCUUUGAGAGCCGUGCAUUUUUCCAAGAAAGAGAGGCAAAAGAUGCUUUUAGAUUGAUUGCAAUUGAGCUCAACUUUGUAUAUGAAGCUCUCUUCACCAAGGCUGUUGUGGUGCAUUCUACGCAAGGAUGCAUUUUCCGGGCUAUAUCCUUCACUGCGGUUUCCAUAGCCCUUGGUUUCUUCUAUAAACUAGAGAAACACGAUUACCAUAAGUUUGAUGUUGGAAUUACCUAUACCCUGCUUUUUGGUGCUUUAGGCCUGGAUUCAAUAGCUCUUUUCAUGCUUAUAUUCUCUGAUUGGACUGUCGCAGCUCUGACAAAAUCUUGGCAAAAAUCUUUUGUCGCUACUAUUCUAAAAAAGUACCUCAGUUUCAAGAGACCAAAUUGGUCUAAAAAUACAAGUUGUUUGGACUGGAUUAGACAAAUCCUGUUUCGAAGGUGGUAUGAAUCCAUCUCUACAUUCAACUUGAUAGAUUACUCCCUCAAGGAACGCGAAAAAAUGUUUCCUAAUAUUUUUGACUACCCUGGCAUUGCCUACAUUAAAAUCAUCGAUCUCUUGGGCCUCAAGGAUCUUCGAGAUAAAAUGAAAUAUAGGCACAGCACGCCACUCACUAAAGUGUUAUGGGAAUUCAUUUUUAAGGAGUUGCAAAGUAAAUCCAGGCUUGCAGAUGAUCCUGAAACAGCCAAGAGAAUAUAUUCGGCAAGAGGUGACUGGGUUCUCCAGGAUAGUGAUUGGAAUAAUACUGAACACAGUACCUUACUACGAUAUAUUGUUGAAGUUGAUUAUGAUCAGAGCAUUCUAUUGUGGCACAUUGCUACUGAGUUCUGCUAUAACAUGGAGCUGAGCGAUGUAGAUGGCCGUAAAAUCAGUAAGGCCCUGUCGGAUUAUAUGUUAUAUCUCUUAGUUAUGCAGCCCACUUUGACGUCUUCUGUAGCAGGAAUUGGACAAAUUAGAUUUCGGGAUACGUGUGCAGAAGCCAAAAAAUUCUUUAGCAGAAGAGAACUAGGGUCAGGAAGAUCAGGUGGAGAUGAACAACUAGAGGCCUGUCAGAGAAUCCUUGAGGUGAAUACCGAAGUUGAACCUGUUGCUGUCAAAGGGGAUAGAAGUAAAUCCGUUCUGUUUGAUGCAUGUAUUUUGGCCAAAAAAUUGAUGGAGAAGGAACAGAAAUGGGAGCUAAUGAGUAAAGUAUGGGUGGAACUACUCUCAUAUACUGCCGGUCAUUGCAGAGCAAAUGACCAUGUUCAAUUGCUGAGCAAAGGUGGAGAGCUUGUCACUUUUGUUUGGUUAUUGAUGGCUCAUUUUGGCAUAGGGGAGCAGUUCCAAAUAAAUGAGGGCCAUGCUAGAGCAAAACUCAUUGUGGGGAAGUAAAUGGCAAUUUGUAUUGGAUAGAACUAUUUGAAGUUAAUCUUAAUUAUGAUAUGAAUCUUUUUUCUCAUGAGACAUUUGUACUGAAUCCUAAUAAGUGAAUGAAAUAUUACUGAAUCCUAAAUAAAAAUACACUUGUUGUCUUA